AUGGAAUUUGAAGAAGAUGAAGCCGUCACUACACACCCAAAACUGAGCAAACCCAAAAAUCCUCUUCAUUUUGAGUCCAUUUCAAGCCAAGAUUCAAUCUUGCCAAUGCCUAACCUUCCUACUGAACUCAUCAAUAACAUAUCGACUAAAAUCGCAAGUCUACCAAACACAAAACUACGUAGUCUCUUUUUUCCACAGCAAAAUUCCCAACUCCAAAGAGUGCUAAUUUCUGCAACCCAAAUGGAACCCCAAGAAGAUGAAGCCUUCACAAAGCCUGCUCAUAUUUCAAGCCAAGAUUCAAUCAUGCCAAUGCCUAACCUUCCUACUGAACUCAUCACUGAAAUCUUGUUAAAGCUUCCUGUGAAAUCUCUCUUGAAAUUCAGGUCUGUUUCUAAAUCUUGGCUUUCCUUAAUCUCUAGCCCUGAUUUUGUGAAGACCCAUCUCUUAUUAUCUGCUAGUAACAAGGACUACACUCACCAUGGACUUAUGUUUAAGUUUGCUAGUACAUCUGACCGAGGUGUUAAGGACCGUUCUGUUAGCGCUUUAUUUGCUAGUAUAUCUGACCGAGGUAUUAAGGACUGUUCUCUUAGCGCUUUACUUUGCGAUUCUGUAACUGAGGCAUUUGACUUGGAUUAUCCUGGUAAAUAUUAUCCCAAUGAUUAUCCUAGAUUUGUGGGUUCUGUCAAUGGAUUGAUUUGUCUUGCCAUCAAUCGAUUCAUGGGAUUGGAUGACUUGUUUCUAUGGAAUCCAUCAAUUAGAAAGUAUAAGAAAUUGCCUAGUUGUAGACUUAAUCAAAGCCGUUGUUACCAUGAGCAAGCACUUGAUGGAUUCAAUUUUGGUUUUGCAUAUGACGAGUUCCAAGAUGAUUACAAGGUAGUCGGUAUUUUCCCUAUUUCCGGAAAAAUACGUCUGUGUCGUAUUGAGGUCCAGAUAUAUAGUCUAAAAAGUAAUUCUUGGAGACGUAUUGAUGAUUUUCAAGGUAGAGAGCUCUUGAAUGCUCCUGCGAAGUGUGUGAAUGGGAAACUUCAUUGGCUUGACAAGCAGAGGAACAUCAUUUCUAUUGAUUUAGCUGAUGAGAAAUGGGCAGAGGUAGAGCGGCCCUACUCUGAAGGAUGUGGAUAUGUGAAGCUGGGAGUGUUUGGAAGUGAUCUUGCUGUGCUUUGUAAUUAUGGAAGGACUCACGUAGACGUCUGGGUUAUGACAGAGUAUGGGGUAAAAGAAUCUUGGACAAAGAUGUUUACGGUCAAGUUUCCUAAUGAUUCUAUGGGUAUAUUUUAUCCACCCAUUUUAAUGUCAAAUGAAGGUGAAAUUUUGCUCAAGUUUGGAUCACGUUUCACAAAGUACAACCCAAAGGAUGACUCGAUCAGAUAUGUAGAUGUUACUAACUUUGCUCCAUGCAUUGAGGCAGAAAUCUAUGUUAAGAGCCUAGUUUGUCCCUUUUACAGAGGAGACCAUGAACGCACCAACAACGGAGGCUGAAAUAACUCAGACGCGUAACUAAUAGCCUGUACAUGAUCAAGAUGCUGCAUGGCCCUCUAGUGGGGCAUGUUUACCGGGAGCAGAAUGUAGUAGCAGAUAGAUUAGCUAAUAUGGCAAGCGAUCGGACUGGAGUGCCUUCAAUGGAGCUGUUUGGGAUGCACCAUCUGUUUGGCAAAUAUUUUGAAUCAAGAUCUCUAUGGAGAAUCAUCUGUCUGCAUGUUGCCUUCAUCAUCACUGCCGACUGCACAACUGUCUUCGAAUAUAGCUAGUACUAGUAGUUUAGUUCAAGACACUUUAGUUAAUGAACUAUGGCAUAAUAUUGUGGAUAUACCACAACAUGCUCCCGUGUAACUCUUUGGUUUUGUUAUGAUAUAUAUCGUACUUACCAAAAGAAA